AUGCUGCUGAUCUCGGUACCAUCGGUGGUCGCUGGGGAUCCGCCCAUGACGAUGCCGAACUGCAAUGCCACCUGUGGCAACGUGAGUGUGCCGUACCCGUUCGGUAUGGGCCCGGCCAGGUGCUACUGGCCCGGGUUCAAGCUCACCUGCGACUACGGAAGCAAGCCGCCGCGGCUUCUCCUCGGUGAAAGCAGCGCCGGUGCGUUCGAGGUGGUCGACAUCUCCCUUGAGAACACCACGAUGCGUGUCACCAGCCACGGAGUGCACUCUGUAAACAUGAGCGACUCGGGCGACGGGCUCCGCCGGUGGAGCUGGAACCUCAACGGCGAAGCAAUCGGUGGGGUCCUGCCAAUGCCAUACAUUCUUAGGUGGGACGGAAACGAGCUCAUCCUCACGGGGUGCAACGUGGAGGAGGGUUGGCUCAACGAGGACCGGAUCAAUCAUCUGCGUUUCGCGGUGGGGAGGAGAGCUACUAAGCUGAAGGUCCCCGUGAUCCUCGACUGGAUGGUGCCGCACGGGGCAGCACCAACUGACUACAACACAUGGGCAUGCCCUGCCGACGCUGCCCGGACCAUCUGUAAGAGCACCAACAGUCAGUGCACAGAUAAAACAGCUGAAGGUUUAAGUCCUGAACUCAGAGGCUAUGUUUGCCAGUGCAACAAGGGCUAUGAAGGCAACCCUUACCUCAGCGGCGGAUGCCAAGACAUCAGAGAGUGCGAUCGAAAAGAAAAACAUGGAUGCUUCGGUGACUGUGAAGAACUUCCAGGGACGUUCAGAUGCCAGUGUCCCAUAGGGACUGAUGGCAACCCCAACAUAAGCAAUGGCUGCAUCAAACCCACGGUAAACACAGGUCAUCAUCACAUGGGAUUAAUCAUUGGGCUAUCGGUUGCUAGUGGCCCCUGCGUUCUACUUUUGGUUCUUGGUGCACUCCUAAUAGCCCGUGAACUUAAGCAACACAAGGCGAAGACUUUAAGGAGGAAGUUCUUUAUUCAAAACCGCGGACAACUUUUGAAACAAUUGGUAUCUCAUAGGGCAGACAUAGCAGAGAGGAUGAUCAUUUCCUUAGAGGAGGUGAAAAAAGCUACUAAUAAUUUCGAUCAAGCCCGUAGGCUCGGUGGAGGAGGGCAUGGAACUGUCUACAAAGGGAUCUUGUCAGAUCUACAUGUCGUAGCCAUCAAGAAAUCAAGGAUCCACCAUAAGAAUAUUGAGAGAGAAAUCGAAGAAUUCAUUAACGAGGUUGCAAUACUCUCACAGAUCAACCAUAGGAAUAUUGUGAAGCUUCAUGGUUGUUGCCUUGAGUCAGAAGUCCCGUUAUUGGCUUAUGAGUUCAUUUCCAAUGGAACACUCAGUGACCAUCUUCACACGGAAGCACCAGGAUCACUGUCUUGGAAAGAUAGAUUAAGGAUCACAAGUGAAAUAAGCAAAGCUCUAGCUUAUCUUCACUCUGCCAUUUCAGUCCCCAUAAUCCACAGAGAUAUUAAGCCUUCCAACAUACUUCUUGAUGAUGCAUUGACAGCAAAAGUAUCGGACUUUGGAGCCUCGAGGUACAUUCUAGAUCAAAUUGGAACAACUACUGUGGUGCAAGGAACUAUUGGAUAUUUAGACCCUAUAUAUUUUUAUACACGAAGACUAACUGAAAGUAGCGAUGUCUAUAGUUUUGGAGUUCUUCUUGUUGAGUUGCUUACAAGGAAGAGGCCAUCUUUGUGCAGGUCCUCUGAAGGCGAUUGGCUUGUCAUGCAAUUUGUUCAACUACUUGAAGAUGGCAAUCUGGCAGAUAUACUGGAUCCACAGAUUCUGGACGAAGGAGGUAGUGAAGUGGAAGAAGUGGCUACUCUAGCUGCGUCGUGCAUCAAGCUGAUAGCGGAAGAGCGACCAACAAUGAGGCAAGUGGAGAUGGCACUAGAAGCUCUCCAAGAACCUGAGGAGCGGGUUUUGAGUCAUUUGAUAGAAGAAAACCUUCAGAAGCAACAUACAACACCGAACUAUCCAACAACUAGCAAAAUAUCAAAGCAAGGGGAAGCGACCAGGUGUCGCAGCCUAGAAGAAGAGUUCAUGUUAUCCGCAAGACACCCUCGGUAG